AUGGAGCUUCUAAGUGAUAGAGGAAUUAAGACAACUGUUAGAGGGGUCAAAAUCUCUUUGAAUGUAGAAAUCUUGGGCAUCAUUCUGAGUGUACCUAUGGACGAGAUCUGGUCCAUUGAAGGCUGCAAACCCUCUAGUGAGUUUGCCCAACAGGCUACCAAGUGUGGGGACAUCAAACCCGCAGGCCAUCCUAAGAAAGGAGAGUAUCAGUUGAUGUUUGAGUUCAUCAACAAGGUCUUGGUACCAAGGACUGAGAAGAGAAUUGUAGCAUCUGCAGCACUGUUCCUCACGGAAAAAUUUGAUGAACUUGAGGCCAUCAAUCUUCUCGCAAUCAUGCUCGAACAUAUGCACAGGGUGAUGACUUGGAAGAUUGCCAAAAACGGUAUACCUUAUGGAUAUUUGCUGAACUAUGUGUUCAAACACUUUAAAGGUAAGGCAAAGGGUAGGUCCCAUGUGUCUGAUCUUCUUGAGCAGCAAGCAUCUCUACGACAGGAAUUGGUUGAUCUUAUAAUAACCCUAAAUUCCAAGGAAAGAAAGAUUGCACAACUUAAAGUUCAGAUGCAUCAGACCAUUUCCAAGGGACCUGGUACCAGUUCAGUGGAUAAAGAGGAAGUAGAAAGGUUGAGAACUGAGAACGCGCAGCUGCUGAAGACAAAUGCCUCACUCAGUGAGGAGGUCCAAGCUCUUAACAAGCAAAUCAUUCAAGCUCAUGUCGAUGCUAAUAAGCGCAUGACCUUGCUGUUGAAAUCCUUCACUCCACUUCACCCCUCCAUCCUAAAUGUGUCAUGUGUCCCUGUCCUCCAGUGUAUCUAUCUUACUCUAGUGGCAAAGUGUACUAUUUUGGCCGACUUCUGUGGUCAACUAAGUGAUCUAAUAAUAUUGUCUCUUUUACAUUGUUUUGUCUUGGUACCAAGGACUGAGAAGAGAAUUGUAGCAUCUGCAGCACUGUUCCUCAUGGAAAAAUUUGAUGAACUUGAGGCCAUCAAUCUUCCCGCAAUCAUGCUCGAACAUAUGCACAGGGUGAUGACUUGGAAGACUACCAAAAACGGUAUACCUUAUGGAUAUUUGCUGAACUAUGUGUUCAAACACUUUGAAGGUAAGGCAAAGGGUAGGUCCCAUGUUUCCGAUCUUCUUGAGCAGCAAGCAUCUCUACGACAUGAAUUGGCUGAUCUUACAAUAACCCUAAAUUCCAAGGAAAGAGAGAUUGCACAGCUUAAAGUUCAGCUGCAGCAGACCAUUUCCAAGGGACCUGGUACCAGUUCAGUGGAUAAAGAGGAAGUAGAAAGGUUGAGAACUGAGAACGCGCAGCUGCUGAAGACAAAUGCCUCACUCAGUGAGGAGGUCCAAGCUCUUAACAAGCAAAUCAUUCAAGCUCAUGUCGAUGCUAAUAAGCGCAUGACCUUCCUAUGUUUUGAUGAUCUCCUCACAAAUGCAGGGACCCGGUCAUCUGCAAAGUACGCUCGUCAAGGUCUAUGUGUUAUACAGCUAGAAAGAGCUGGAAAGUGGUUGCGUCAGAAGUUGUCAAUCAAAUAUGUUAUAAAAAAGGUACCAACACAUGCCAUAAGGUUUGGUGUCCCAUUUAACACAAAUUUUUUGAAGGAGUUCCAGAAGUCUAUAGGGGAUGAUGUAAUUGAACUGUUUAGAGCUACAAUUUUUGGACCCUUUUUAGACAUUCCUAAAUGUAAUUUUCAAGGCCAAAUCAGUAAAUGUUUGUUGUUGUUAGAAAUGGAACAAGGCAACUCAAAGGUGUUGCAUAUUAGUCAUACAAACGAGUUCCAGAAUACAUGUUCAAACAUUGUGCCAACACCGGAGGAACUUGCAGCUUUUGAUUUACCUGAAGAUGAACAUGAUCCUCCUUCUUCACCCACCACAACAUCUGUCAAUCCCAAGAUAGUUCAACCGAAUGACAUUGCUGAUUUCGAUGAUUUCUCCACAAGACCUCCCGAACAAUUGUUAAGGAGAUCAUCUAGAGUGUCUGAUACAUCAUCUCCACCACCACCAAAAAGAAGAAAGAAAGUGGAUACACCUAGAACAAAGGUGUCAGAACCCAGUCAGUCAGAUCAGUCCAAUGUGUCAUUAAAUCAGCCAUUUUCUAUUCCGGAUGGUCCUCCGACACCGGCUGCUAAUGUACGAUUUGCAGAUGCUCAAAAAGUCAACUAUGUAAUUCCAGGUAUUGAAGAACUGAAAGAUCAUUUGAAGAAUUACGUUGACAAGAAAUUUGAGGAACUUGUAAUCUUGAUAAAGGAAAACCACUCGCAGUUGAUGCUAUCUCGACACAAGGAAAACAACAAAGUUGAUCCUCAAUCAAGCAAUAAACAACCAUCUUCGCAUAUACCGACUGAUCUUGAUGAUGCAGUUGGUGUAGCUGAUUUUGAGGUUGGUGUAUCUGUUAAUGAGGGUGGACAUCAAGUUAAUGUCAAUGCAGAGAUUGAUCAUACUAUCAGUAACCAACAACAAAUGAGGCGUGUUUCAGAGCUCCAGCCUACAUAUGAAAGUACACAUGUUGAUACUGAAUUAAAUGAUCCUAAGAAGGAUGAUGAAGCACAUCAAGCCCCACAAGAUUUAAAUGAAGUAAACAUAGAUGAAGAUGGUGCUGACACAGUUCAACACAACAUCCGUCAUUUUGUGCCCUAUAAAAUAACAGUUGAUACAUCGGAUUCUUCCACAUCAACAACAAUAUCACCCUCAACUCAAGCAGCAAUAGAUGCCCUUGUAUCCGAUCUAGGAAAAGUUCCUAUUCAUGCUAAACCAUUGUGUGUUUACAACCCACAGGAUUUAUCUGGCAGUCAUGAUAUGUUGUCUGAUAGUCAAUUACCCACUGAUAUUCCAACCACCGAGAUUGUUGUUAGAAGCCAUUCAAAGACUCAUGCGCCUAGAAAUAGGAUGCCUUCAAGAAUUAUUCAAUCUCCAUAUGUGACUUCUUUUGGGUCAAGUGAGAAGGGAAAACAGAUAUUGGAUGGCGAUGUUCGUCUGUAUUUCCCAUUUGAAGGAUGUGGGAUUACAUAUCAACCUUCAUCUAAACUAAUUGAUAAGUAUAUGCAGUGGUUAACCAAGGGGCUUCUCAAAAAUCAUGCCAAUAAGAAACCAUCGGAGGAUAAAUACAGAUCAAAAGCCUCUUCUUUUAAAUUUGAGAUGAUGGAUUUUGUUGUUGCAUUUCCAAUUAAAAAGAAUUGGUUCUAUGCCAUGUCACUGCCAAACAAAUGUUGGACUGAUCAGUACAUCGAUGUUGUUUUUUACUAUCUCCGUGAAAAAUCAAAACCCCGCAGCACGGAUCAAUACAGAUACACAACAGCCAACUGCUUGUUCAUCUCACACAUCAAAAAUACAUAUGAAAGGUAUUACUUGGCUAAUGAUGAUGAUCUUAUUAGUACCCAAGAACACAUUGAUCGCGCUUCAGCUGUAUCUGUAUAUGAGAGGUCAAUCAUUAACAUUAUCAAAGGUUUUGAAAUCCCAGUUGCUUUACCAUGGCAUCUUGUAGACGAUGUUUACAUCCCGGUUAAUUGCGGUGGACAAUUUCAUUGGGUGCUGACUGUUGUUGAAUUGAAAAAUAGGGUGAUAAAGGUGUAUGACUCUUCAUUAGGCUCAAGGAAAAAAUCAAUUCCGCACGAGAUAAAAAUGUUGUCUAAAAUGCUUCCUUCUUACCUUAUGGACAGUGGAUUCUUUGAAAAAACUGAGCGAACAAACUUUGUUGAUUGUGAUGCGUACAAGGACAAUAAUUCUGGUUCACUUUUGGAGGCACAAGUUCCUUUCAUGGUUGAAUUUGCCGAAGAUAUUAUGCAACAAAAGAGUGAUAGCCUAGACUGUGGGUUAUAUGUUGCUACAUUUGCGGAGUAUCUGAGCGACCAAAUCGAACCAUCAUAUAUUGAUUUUCUUCCUAAAUACCUACGCAAAAGAUAUGGAGCAUUGUUGUGGAGUUAUGGCAGCGAGAAGGCUAAGGGUGCAUACCUUAGUGAGAAUGAUGAUCCACCAAAACCUAAGAGUGUAGUCACACCACCACUAGAAGAAGAUUUGGUUCAUAUAGUGUAG